GAUCGAAAGGGACUGUUUCGUUUCUACGAAGACAGCAUGGAUGAAGCUAAGCCAAGCACCGUACAAGCAGCGUAUCCCUUAUCAGCCACGAGCAAGGGGACGUGGUGGGGAAAGACCGCCGUGGAGGUGAUCGAAGCUCUUCGAGACGGGCACGUGACACCUUUGGAGCUGGUGCAUGUGGCGGAGGCGCGGAUCCGCGCCACGGACGAUGCCGUGAACGCCACUCCCGUCCUGUGCCCUGCGCGCGCCCGCGAGCACGCGCGUCGCCUGGCCUCCUCCCCCAGGACCUCC